CAACAUGCACUGCGUAAUCCUACCUGAAGCUUCUUGUAUUUAAAUACCCUAGAUACGUCUUAAAGACUGAAGAUACAGCGAAGACAAGAGGCUGCAGAACACAGGAGAAAACCCAGGAGGAAAUGGCUUUGGUGAAGAGUGGAUGGCUCUGGAGACAAAGCUCUGUUUUGCGGAGAUGGAAAAAGCACUGGUUUGACCUAUGGCUGGAUGGCGGUUUGGUCUAUUAUCCUGAUGAAAGUCGCCAAAACAUGGAGGAACGGAUCUUACUGACGCACAAUUGUUUGAAUGUCAGGGCCGGGCAAGAGUGUGGAGAUAUUGAACCUCCGGAGGGAAGUAACCGGGAUUCAUUACUGACAAUAGAGAUGAGGGAUCGCUCCAGGCUGGUGCUGUGCGCAGAGAGUGGGGACGAUGCUGUUGCUUGGAAGUUAGCUUUACCGGACGCAAGAUCCCAGCCGGUCUACAUAUAUAAUCCAUAUGACGACAACUACCACUCUGUCGCAGUGAACUCUCAUCAGGCUGUGUACAUCAAUCCUGGCUACUACGAGCAUGGCUACGGUCCUGGAGUGACGCAAGUGAUUGUCAGGCACAACCGUGAUUCGUUAGGUGAACAGAUGGCUCUGGGUUUUCUGGCGGGAGCCUUGACCACCAGCGCUUUCAGUUCCAUCAUGUGGCUUCCCUGCUGGUUUUAGGGGCCCUGGGUCUGGCAGAUAAUUGACUAAAGCAGGCAUGCUCUACCUGCGGCUCUCCAGCUGUUGGGCAUGCUGGGAGUUGUAGUUUUGCAACAGCUGGAGGGCUGCAGGUUGAGCAUGCCUGGACUAAAGCUUUCAGGUUGUUUGGAAACCGAUACGAUGCUCCCCUUAGAUGUCAUCAGUCGUCCCACAGGAGAGCAAAACAUAAUGUGCAAUCUGGAGUCCUUAACCCUUCAUUAGACUCUGCGCCACUUUAUUAUAUCCUUUACUGUAGAUGCGAUUGAAUAGUUUACAUUUGGGUUAGAAUUCAAAUUAUCUCCUGUGGCUUUAAGAGGUACUUAAAGGGACGGUGCAGGGAAUUGCUUGAAAAUGAUGAAUGUAAAUAUUUAAUUGUGAAAUAAAGCAGACUGAAGACGUG